AUGAAGAUUUUUUUGUUUUUGUUGGCUUUUUCAGAAAAGGUACAAGGCCGUGGAUUUUGGAGCAAAUGCAAAGGUGCCUUGGACGAAAUGAAAAGUGAGCAGAGUUACGACGACCAUUUGGCUCUGCAAAACUCUCCUGCUCAUCUUAUGCUAGACAACUGCAUCAAACAGAUAUCGAGGAUAACUGGAAGACGAGUAAAGUAA